UCUGUGCACAACAGAAAAGGUACACCAGACUCAGACAUGGAAGCAUCUUGUAAAUCAGAGACAUCCAGAAAGACAACACCUACUUUGGAACUGUUUGGUGCUACACAGCUUCCAGAGAGCACCAACUGCCUGGCGUGCUCAGAAGACGGCAGGUACCUCAGUCUGGGUCACUCCCAGGGCUUUGCUGUGUGGUGUGCAUCCUCUCUGAUCUGCGUUGCAGAGUGGCUGCAGGACCGAGUAGAAAUUGCAUCGAUUCAAAUGACGAGGAUGGCUGAGACGGCCUAUCUGCUUGGCACUGUUGAUGAUAUGGGUGUUGCCAGAGUCUUUGCAUAUCACUGUGAAGGCAUUCACCUCCUCAGUGUUAUUAACACCAUGGAAAAUGUCAACAAAAGGAGCAUUUGCUUGACAUUUGAAGUAUCUGACGGGGGAGAUUAUGGAGCUGCAUCAAUCAGCUGCAACGGUUCCCUCCGGCUCGAGGUUUAUCACUUCCCCUCAGAAGCAUGGCUGAAAGAGUUAGAAAAGGCACAAUCACAAAAACAGGACCCAAACUCAUCUGGAGAUGUGGAUGUGAAAUGGUCUCCAGUUGCAGUGGUGAUUAAAAUGAAGCCACCCAAAAUUCCAGCAGGAAUGGAAUUGGAUGGUCCACUUGAAGUCUUGCAGAUGACUGACUUUUUGACACACUGUUUGGCUCUGGACGUAAACACCGGCAGUCAUCAGCGGUAGGAACACGCUUUCAAUACCGAUGCAGGAAAAACAAAGGAAACAAAUGCCAGCCAAAGGCGAUGCACCCACCACUUUCUUCUGCCUUGUGGUCAGUUUCCUGGUGGCAGCACAGCAAAGUAUCAGCCAGCAGGAUUACCUGUUGCUGUCUGUGUGUGGUGGAGUGGCAGCCAUAGUCUUCUUCAGUAUCUGCUGCAAAAAGGAUCAACAAACAAACCAGAUGUGGAACCUACGCCAGAUGUGUUGUGGCCAAAUGCAAAAGAGAUCCUCUGCUCUGCUGUCAGUAGAUGCACCUGUUACAUAGCCCUUGGGCUCGCUGAUGGUUUGGUGUGUGUCUGGGACAGGCGAUCUGGGUCUCCGUUGUCUGUUGUCUUAGCAUCAGCAGCAGACAGUGCCUUGUCCAGGAUACAGUUUGUGGAUUACUGGCCUGUGUCUGCUGAUGAUUCUUUUACCGGAGCAACAGUCCAUCUUUUGGUGUUGUUUAAAAGUGGAGCAAUCCAUGCAGUCACCACAGGACGAGGGACACGUUCCUGCACAGUGCAGCUCACUGAACGGCCAAAACACAGCGGGGACCUACCAACGCUCACUGCAUCGGUGCCGUUUCUGCAGGGCUCGUCGCUUGUGGUACAAAGAAAUGGAAAAAUGUUCCUCCAAGAUGCUAUCAACAAAUCCACUGUGUGCUUCUUGAUUCCUCCCACAUCUCAUCUGAUUGCUACUCCCUGCAAUCCUGUUUAUGCUUUGAACAGCAAACAGCAAACUCUCUUCAUAAAAGGUGACCAGGACCCCAGCUGCAGUGCGUCUUCUAUAGGAGGAAGCCAGGGUCAGCUUCUCAUCUUCCGUUUUGGAGAGUCUGAUGUCAUUAAGCAGCAUAUUGUCUCACUUCCAGACUCUUCACAGCAACAAGAAACACUGAGCUGGGCCACUCUAGAAGAAACCUGCAAUCUCUACCUCCAGCAAAGGGCGCGGUCUGUGGAUGAAAGGAACAAAGCUGUCACGCAGACCUGGGAGCAGCUACAGAAAACUGCAACGAUGCUCCAACCGAGACACAGCAGAGCUGCAGCCACCUGA